CUGCUGAACUGAAGCUGGCAGUCAACACUUUCGCUUUCGUUCUUCUAAAAUGGCGACGGCAGGGAGGAGGAAGAAAAGACGUCCUGGUUAGAUCCCUCAUUGUAGUCUAUCUGGAGCUCCAUCCCAUCCUGGGGUCUGACCGCAGGCCACCCUCAGCUUCCCUGCAGCUCCGCCCCUCUUCUCAGCCCUCCAGGACCCGAGCUCUCCCGGAGGUGAUGGCUGUCUCACCAUCUUCUCUGCCAAAAUGGGCCCUUCCCCUCCUCAUCCUCUUCCAGAUGCCCUCUUGGGGCUCAGCAAAGUUCACUGUGGAAGGACCAGAUGAGCCUGUGGUUGCUAUGUUCGGGGCGGAAGUUGAGUUACCCUGUCACCUGGACCCUCAGAUGAAUGCUGAGCACAUGGAAGUGAGAUGGUACCGGGAUGAUGUCUCCAACGUGGUUCAUCACUAUCGUGAGGGGAAGGAUCUGGAUGAGGAACAAAUUCUGGACUACGCAGGGAGAACAGAGCUACUGAAAGAAGGCCUCACUGAUGGAAGAGUGACUUUGAGACUUCAUAAUGUCUUGUUCCUGGAUGACGGGGAUUAUGUUUGUCACGUUCAAGACGGUGAAUUCUACGAACAAGCUAUAAUUCACCUAAGUGUAGCAGCCCUGGGCUCUCAACUUCAGAUCCGCAUGGCCGGGCAGGAAGGCGACGGGAUCCGGCUCGUGUGCAGCUCCUCUGGUUGGUUCCCCGAGCCCCGACUGCGGUGGACGGACCACCGAGGUCAGGAGCGCCCCACAUUGGCGGAGUCAAAGUCUCGGGACAGAUCCGGCCUGUUCCGAACAGAAGGGUCUCUGCUGGUCACAGACAGAUCCACAUCCGCCGUCUCCUGCUCUGUCUGGAAUCCCGUCCUUGACCAGGGGAAGGUGACAGAGGUUUCCGUAGCAGAGUCCUUUUUCCCAAGGGUUUCUCCGGUGCUGGUGGCUCUGGCUGUGAUCCUUUCUCUUCUGGGCCUUCUUCUCAUUGGAAGUGCCUACGUCAUCUGGGCCCAACGCCGGGAAAAAAAUAAACUCAUUUCAGAACACAGGGUACAAACAGAUAACCUAAAAGGAGAGUGCGAUUACCUAAAAGAACGGCUCGCUUUGUAUGGCAUAUCGUACUGAUUAUAAACAGGAUAUACAACUCUGGAUUCGGACAAGACCCAUCCACAGUGCACAGGGUGAAGAGGAGCAGGGUCGGCAUCCCUCCUGCCCUUGUCACGUGGGACUAGAUUCGGCCCCAUCCCUUCUCUUCCUGCUUCGCAAAAGUGGGGCUCCAGUUGCCUCCCCAGAGCUGAGGGAAAUGGCUACCGCGUUCACCUGGAAUCGGAGAACCAGAGGGUUCUGGUUCUCUGGCUGUUGGGCUGACGGCCUGGGACUGGGGGCUCUCACUGAGAUGUGUUGGGGUCCUGCCCAGCCCCCAGCUGAGGUCAGCCUGCAGACUCAGGAUGACCCAAGUCCUGCUUGGCUGCCAGGUUGUGGGCGGGGAUGGGUCGGGGUCAGUGGAGUUGUCGGGGAGGGGAAAGAAGUCAGCUCAAGUAGCACCGUACGGAAGCUUUUAAUUUUUCCAGGCUUCUUCAUCAAUGAGAGAAAGCGAGGUCUCGGGCAAAGAGCACUGGAUUGGAAGACAGGAGAGUUGGGUUCUAAUUCUGACUCCGCCACUUGCUUGUGGUGUGACCUUGGCCAAGUCGGUUAACUGCUCUGGGCCUCAGUUGCCUCCUCUGUGAAGUGGGGAUUCAAUACCUGUUCUCCACUCCGAUUACCUCGUACCUAACCAAGUGUUCAGUCCAAUGUUUGGCCCCUGCUAGGCACUGAAUAAAUGCCUUCAUUAAAAGGAAUAAAAUGUAUAACCAA